AGUAGAAGCAAAGAAUACUUCUAUGGUAGAAGUAUGCGCAGAUUUAGUGGUGUUUGGUAUAUACAAAUAUUCCAGGAGGCUUUCGUCCAGUCAUUAUUUCUUCAUAUAUUUUGGAGAAUAUUCCGAAAUUAUGGGUGGCGAAGCUGUUAAGCGGCCUCGUGGACGACCCAGUUUAAAUAAAAAACGUAUACAGGAGCCGGUAACUGUUAAAGCUAAAAGAUCCAGAGAAUCAAAGAAAGAUAAGGAAAAAGAGGUGACAAUUAAAAAAAAGCAAAAUGAGCCUAGAAAAAGACGUAGAUCAACUUCAAAAUACUUCUCGCAAACAGAUUAUCAAAACGGUAUAGUCGGAAUUCCUUGUGCAAAACAAAAUAACAAUAAUGUUAUUACUAAACAUAUGCGUAAACGUUAUUGGAAUUCUUUUGAAGAAAUGAAAUUAAUAGAAUAUUGGCGACGUUUUUCUAAAGAAAUAACCACCUUUCAACAUCAAAUACCAGCUUUCAGGAAAAUAAAUGACUUAAUGCGACAAUCUGGAAUACACAUAACUCCUCAGGAAUGCCGCCGAAAAAUACUUGCCUUAAAAAAUAAAUUCUAUGCAGAGAAGGAACGUGCUGAGAGUGAUGAUAAUACUGAUUGGAGCUUAUACCCCAUACUGCAUGCAACAAUUUGUUUGGAUCUAGAUGAACAAAAUUUAUACGCUGAAGAGGAGACAAUUAUGAAUUAUGUUAAUAAGCUGAAUUCUGCAAUAUUUAAAACUAAUACCAACAUUUCACAAUCUGAUAAAGAAAAAAUAGCCAAUUUCGAGCCAAAAAUGGGAACAGCCGCUUGGCGAAUGAUAAGAGAUGGUCCUAAGAGUAUUUAUAAUGUGCCAUUUUUAUUAGAGUGGGAAAAAGAGAGGGUUGAGAUAAAUGAGUCAAUAUCAAAAGAAACUCCGGUGGUAAGUUUAGACAACAAGCCACCAGUAACGAAACGCUCAUAUCGUCGUAAAACAGUAUGUAGUGAUUUUACCAAGUUAAGCAACAGUUGUAAGAGCAUUUGCCUGCGAGAAAUAAUUGAAGAAAAUGAUGUUCUUAACCAAAAUCUUGAAAAUGAUCGUUUACGUUUACAGAAAUUAGAAGCAGAAUUUGAUUAUUUUUUAAUGGUUAUUAAUACUUUUAUUCUAAACAGUAUUGGACCAUUUUUAAUGAAAAGAGAUUCUACGUGUAAUGUUAGUGUUACUCAACAAAGUAAUGAUAUUGUUAACAUGACAUCUACAAAGGAAUUUGCCAAUAUAACAGAAGCGAUUUCAAUCAUUGAUGCAACGGUUUCUACCUAUUCUGGUAAAAACGAUCAUGAAACUGUUGGAAGUGAUACUGAAAUGAUGAAAGUAAGCUCCUCAAGUACACAUGAUUCUGAUUCCAGUUCUGAUUCGGAUGAAAUAUCUAACAUAAACAAUAAAAACAAUGAAAAUUCUCAAGAUGUGAUAAUCUUACCAAGUGAUUUUAAAAUAGACGGUCUUACUGAUCCUCUUGAAGAAUAUACCAAGAGAUUUCUUGAUAAUAAUUCCAGUAUUUGGAACGCUGAUAAAGAAAAUCUUGAAGCAUCUGGUAGCAGCUCCCUUAGCGAGCAUAAACAAAGAAAAGACGAUUCUGUUGUAAAUCUUGAAUUUGAUAAUGGAACCAAUCAAGAAUCCCUUGCAUUUGGUUCACAGCAUAGUAAUGGAUCUCUACAUGAUGGUACUAUGAAAUUAGAUGAAAUGAACGUUUCUUCUGAUAAUGAUUCUGAUGAAGAUGGAGCUGAACCAGGAAAUGACGAUGAAAACGUACAGCCUUCAACAUCUGAAAAAAGUAGGCAAUUGCAUCCUAUUACAGAAGUAAAAACAAGUCCUGAGAAUAUUUCUAAAAGUGUUAACAUAGUCGAACUGAGUUCUUCUGCCGAAAAAGAAAACACCAAUAGCAGCAGUACUACUAAAGUUGAAGAAGACGUUGAAGAAAUAACUUAUUUUGAUCUGUCAUCUGAUGAUGAUUAUGAUAUGAGCUAUUAGUCUUAAAUAUUGUUUGUGAAAUAUACCAAAUGUACGUAUUUAAAUAGUAUGGACAUUCAUUUAAAUGUUUAGUGAUUACUAAUAUUAAUAAGAUUUUUACUAUUUAUAAAAUA